AUGUGGCCCCCACAUCUUCCCCGUCCCAGAGCUGGGAUGUCUGAACAAACACGACUGAAAAAGUUAGUCGCAGGAAAGAGACUCCUGGAAGAAUACCAGCGGAGGAAUGGUCCUGCCGGAUCUGCAGAACCCAAGAGAAAGAAGAAGACUAAAAAAGGAGGUAACCCCAAGACAAACGCCGCCGGGGACGGUCAUUCAGCUGAGGGUGUGGCCAAAGACCACGCAGGCCUUGAGCCUCCCCCGCUUCUGGGCACAGUCAGAGCUGCCGGGGUCAAGAGUGACCCGGGUCCCUCCACCACCGAGGACCUCGAAAGGUGCUACCAACACCUGGUGCUUGCCCUCGAUGCCAGCAGAAUACAAAACGAGAAGCUCUGCAGAGAGAUCGACCUACUGAAGCAGGAGAAUAAGGAGCUGCAGGAGCGGCAGGAGGAGACCGCCUGUAUGCACGAGGCACUGGGAGCAGAGCGGGAGCAGUACAAUCUAUCAGUGCAGAUGGUGGCUUCAGAAAAAUCCAGUUUACAAUCUGCCCUGGCCCACAUGUGGCAGGUGGCCGAUGGAAGAGCCCUGGAGCAGGACCACCUCAUCAGCCGCCUGCAGGCUGUAGCACAGCGCAUGAGGGAGCUGGAGAUGAAGCUGUCUGCGAUCUCCACCACGGACACUGACUCCGAGCUCCACAACCUCGAGCUCAUGAAAGCCCUGAACCAUGUGACCCUUCAGCUCCAGCAGAAGAGCAGAAGCUGUGAAGACCUGGAAUAUGAGAACAUUGAGCUGCGGGACAGGCUGGAUGCGCUCCUGACGCAGAAGGCCAACAUGGAUAUACAAAUGCACAUGUGUCAGCAGGUGCUGGUGGAGCACGCAGAGUUGGAAAGACAACUCCAGAGCAUGAGAGAGCUGGCCACCACCUUCAAGCUGGAGAGAGACUCUCUGGAGGAAGAACUGAUGGUGGAGAGGUGUACAGGGAAGGAGAAGGCCUGGCAGCUCUUAGAGGAGGUGGGCAGGCUGAGAGAGGAGAAAGAGCAAGGGGCCAGGCAGGUGUUGGAACUAGAGGGGGAGCUGGUGGAGCUGAGAGUGCAGCUGGCAGAGCUGCAGCGCCCUGCGGGGCCAUCUCAGGCUGAGCAGUGGCUGCAGGCUCAUGCCCUGCAGUUGCAGAAGGAGCUCGAGACCCUGGAGGAGCACCUUCACCUCCAGGUGGAGGAGAACCAGAGCCUCCAUCUCCAGAGCCUGGAGCAGCAGCAGCGGCUAUGGCUACUGGAGAAGAAGGUGGAAGAAUGGGAACAGCAUGCCUCGGACCGGUGCAAGAUCCUGGAGACGAUGGAGAAGGAGCAGGAGAGCAACAGACACAUGCUGGUGUGCAACCGCGAGCUGAAAGAGCAGCUGGCUCAGCUGCAGGACGCCUGGCAGAGGCUGAGCAAUGAGAAGGACUCGCUUGCCGGCCUCCUGCACGCCGAGCAGCAGGAGAAGAAACAUCUUCAGGAGAAGCUGGAGCAGCGGGAGGAGACGUUCAAAGAAUGGAAGGAGAUGGCUGAGUCCAAGCACCAAGAGGCCCAAGAGCUGCAGGACCAGUCUCUGGCCCAGCUGCAGGAGCUCAGAGCCACCUGUGAGCAGCACCUGGCCACCCAUCAGCAGCUGAGCACGGAGAAGGAGGCCCUGCAGCAGCACCUGCGGAGGCAGACCCAGUUGCUGGAGCAGCUGCAGCAGAAGCAGGUGCAGAGCACAUUGGAGGACCGGAUGGUGCCUCCAAAGUUCCAGGACACACUGACGUGCCUGGAAGCCAUGAGGCAGGAGAAUGCGCAGCUGCGGUCCCAGCUGAAGCUCCUGACUCUCCCUAGAGAAGGUGAAGGAGUGAGCAGAGUGGAUGACAACGGGGAGGAGGCGGCUCCCCCUGCUGUGACCGUCCCAGAGGACGUGGACAACCCACAUACCAUGUGGGAUUUUUACUGUGCAGCACUAUCUAUUGCUGAAUCUAAGAAGGCGCAGCUCAGCCGUGAGCUGCAGGAGCAGCAGGCCUGCUGUGAGGGCCUGGCCCACCUGGCAGCACAGUGCCAGACAGAGCUGGAGCGCCAGGCCCUCUACCCCAAGACCUGGCACCACAGCGCACCUGGGGAGGGAGAGCAGGACAGCCAGAGUCCCACAAAGAGGCUGAAGAUCUGCUUCACCUACGACUUGCCUGGCCAGGUGGACCAGCAGAGUCCAGUGGACGACAUCCCCCGUCGCUGCAGCCUGCUGUCAGAAUGCAUCAGUGCCAUGGAGGAGGAGAUGGCAUCCUGUGAAGAGCAGAUGGGCGUCCUGGAUGAGCUGCAGCGUGAGAAAGAAGAGUGUGUCCGCCGGCUGAUGCAGGAGAAGAUGGAGAAGAAGAAGGAGCUGCAGGAACUGCUACUGUGCCUGACAGGGCAAGGAAGAGAGGGCCGGGACUCGAGGCGGGCCGCUGACCUUACCCCUGCUGCAGAGGCCCCAGCAGACCUGGCAGGGCCCUUGCAAGGGGAAGUUGGGGAGGAGCAGGAGCACAGGUCUAAGGCGCAACUUGAAGACAACACGGAGCCUGCCCCAGGAGAAGCCGGGGUGUCUUGCCCCCAAGACAGCCCCACCGCAGAGCAGGUGGUGUUGCUGCAGCCUGGCAUCCAGCAGCACCAAGAACAUGCAGGCCCGGACAACCAGGCCUCCUUCCCUUUCAUCUAUAGACUGACGCAAAUGAUCGGUUUCUGGUAG